AUGACAAAGUGGCUCUCCACAGUGUGCAUUGACGCACUCAUUCUGACGAGUGAGGCGGCCGCAUUUGGCACCAGACUUGUUUCAAAGGGAAAGCUCGGCCACCCCAUCCAGCUGAUGGCCAACCACUUUUCCGUCGAGUUCCCAGCGGGCAACGUGUACCACUAUGACAUGGAAAUCUUCUCCGAGAACAACCAGGAGGCAAAGAUACCCGAGAAGCGCAAGUACCGCUGCAUAAGCACAAAGGUCAGCCGGCUUGUCAUCGAACGGCUGGUGAAGAAGUACCACCUGGACUUCGGCAAAUGCAUGCCAGCAUUUAAUGGCCGAAAGAACCUGUACACGCGUCGAGAGCUCAAGUUCCGGACCUUCGUGGUGGACCUCGAGGAAGAUCAGAGGGUGCAGAAGUUCUUCUUCAAGAUCCAGUACGCGGCCACUGUAAAUCUGGACGCCCUGCACGCCGUCUUUGAGAACCGGGUCAACACCGUCCCGCAGGAGGUUCUGCAAGCCAUCGACAUUGUCCUGCGUCACGGCCCUUCCAUCAGGCUGACUCCGAUCGGUCGCUCCUUCUUCAAGCCGCCGCUUCCGAACCAGGCGGAUUCUUUGGGGGGUGGUCUCGAAGUGUGGUUCGGCUACUACACAAGUGUCCGACCGGCCCGGUGGAAGGCAAUGCUGAACGUGGACAUGUCAGCCAGCGCGUUUUACGAGCAGCCGCUACCGGUGAUAUCCUUCAUGUGCAAGAUCUUGAGCGACGGACGCCGCGAAAUGACCGUGGCUGACUUCCGGGACCUCCGGGAUUUCCAAAAAGUUCGACUCAACAAGAAACUCAAAGGUCUGCAUAUCAAGGUGACCCACCUGCCGUACCCUCGGAAGUACACGGUCGUCCGGGUCACCAAAGAGUCCACCAAGAAGUUGUUUUUCGACAUGAAGGAUGGCUCCCGUUUCUCGGUGGCCGACUACUUCCAGAACCGCUACGGCCACCUGGUUCAUCCGAACGUGCCCUGCAUUCAGACUCCGGCCAAGCGCUUCAACAAGAUCCGCCAGUCCGUGCGGGACCUGAUCGGCAGUGGCGACCAAUGUCUGCGCAAUUUCAACAUCAAGAUCAGCACCAAGCCGACUCAGCUGAAAAGGCGAAUGCUCGAGCCACCGUCCCUGGUGUUUGAGAACAACGUGGUGACCAAGCCUCCCGAGGGCACCUGGGAGCUGCGCCGCAAACACGUCUACAGGGCGGCCUCGCUGAUGCGCUGGACGCUGCUCCACUUGAGCCGCUUCGCUCAGCGAGGCAGCGUCGUCAAGAAGUGCAACCCGGUGCUGGUCACCAACCAAUGCCAGAAAAUCAAUACCAAGCUGGGUGGGACGAACAACAGCCUCCUGUCCGGAGAACAGAAGAAGCCGGCCAUCUUCCAGAAGCCCGUGAUCAUUAUCGGCAUGGACGUCACUCACCCGGCGCUCGGGGACAAGCACCGACCCUCUAUCACCGCCUGCGUCGGCAGCCUGAACUCGAUACCUUCCAGGUUCCACGCUUCCAUUUGGGUCAAGAUGGAGGACUCGAUGGCCACGUCUCACGUGGAGAUGAUCAGCGACAUGAAGGACAUGAUGAAGGACCUGCUUAAGGCCUUCUACCGGGCCACCAAGCACAAGCCUGAGCGCAUCAUCUUCUACCGGGAUGGAAUGAGCGAGGGCCAGUUCAUGAAGUUUCGAAACUGGGAGGUGAGCACACGCAGGCGUGGCCGCCUGAAACGAUAA